AUGCUUCACACAAGACAAAAUCUACUCUAUGCUUAUCAGGGCCAUACAAGUCAUAAUGUCGAAAAUAGAUAUGCAUCUCAACAACAGAAUUCAAAAUAUGGUCAUAUUUUCACAUGGGUUGCGGAAAAUUUUACAGAUAAAGAAAAAGCAUUAGAUAUCUUAUGUGAAUUACAACGAGAAGCUAAAUUAUGGCAAAAAUCAAUUGAUUUUUGGCGAUUUACAUCAAGAUCCCUAUUUCCUCGUGGACAUCUAUUAGAAGGCUGGAGUGAUCAAUCAUUUGAAGAAAUUAAAUGGGCACAUCGACAGAUGACAAAUGAAAAUCAAGAACAUAUCUAUAAAAAAGCUUAUUCUGAUUAUUGGGAAAAUACUGAACGUCAACUUCUUCGGUUAGCAAAACUUGAUCUUGAUACACUUAAAUCACUGAAAUCAUAUAUUAAUGAAUAUAUAGCAAGUAAUCAUAAACCAUCGAAAACACUAUCAACAGAUAUUGAAAUGAUAGAUAUAAAUAAUGAUAAAACUUCGAAUAGUUUUUCUCAAAUACAAACAACAAAUUAUACUCCACAUGAUCAACUUCUUGACGAAGAACGUGCUGCUUUUGAAAGUGAUACAUUUGAAUUUGGACAAAUACCUGUUCAUGCUCCUCCACAACAAUUUUGUUAG